GAUACAAUUUAUUGCUGGCAAGCUUGGAGUUGGAUGGGGUUGUGUGUUAAGUUUUGAGCACAGAGAGUGUGGCCUGGUAACGAGAAAAGAUGCAUAUUUGAUUAAAGGUUCGCACAAAUCUCAUAUGGCCUGGAGAUUUGUUAGCCAGAUGCUUUUGAAGCUCCAUUCAAUCUGCAUCAAUCACAUCUCUCCCAUCCGUACAAAGUCCGCUUCAACAAAGACUAAUUACAAAUAUCUCUACUAUUUAUUUUGGUGCCCUACCUACGAGGACGCCGAUUGGAGCGGGUAGAAGAUGCGGGGGGGGGGGGGGGGGGGGGGUCUACUAUUUUCACAGUAUGGAAGAAAUUUGUGCACAUCAGGUGGGAAUGGUGGACUCAACGGAUUUGUGGCAUGCACGAUUGGGGCACCCUUCAGCUUCAGUAGUGCGUAAAGUUUCCAGUCUUAUUAAUUAUGUUCCUAGCUCUCAGUUAGAAAAUAAGGCCUGUGAUGCAUGUUUGCGUGCUAAACAAACUAGAGCCGCCUUUGAUUUAAAUUCUGCUCGUGCUAUUGAAUGUUUUGAAAUGAUUCACUGUGAUAUAUGGAAUCCUUAUCAGUAUUCUUCUUCUUGUGGUGCCCGUUAUUUUUUAACAAUUGUGGAUGAUCAUUCUCGUGCGGUUUGGAUACAUCUGUUGCUUAAUAAAGGAGAAGUGGGAACCAUCUUGAAACAUUUUUUUGCUAUGACUAAGAGGCAGAUUAAUAAAGAAGUUCGUGUUGUGCGAAGUGAUAACGGGAAAGAGUUUAUUGCACUGAAAAAUUAUUUUAAUGAACAUGGGAUUGUUUUUCAAACUAGCUGUGUCUAUACGCCACAACAAAAUGGCCGGGUUGAACGAAAGCACAGACAUAUUCUGGAGGUGGCUAGGGCGUUACGUUUUCAUGCUAAUUUGCCUAUUCAUUUUUGGGGCAAAUGUGUAUUGGCUGCCGGGUAUUUAAUUAACCGCUUACCUUGUUGCCUCUUGAAUUAUAAAAGUCCUUAUGAGAUUUUGUACAACAAAACGCCAUGCUAUACUAAUCUCCGUGUGUUUCGAUGUAUGUGCUACGCCCAUAACAAAAAUGUACUUGGUGAUAAAUUUGCACCGCGUGGCGUUAAGUGUGUUUUUCUUGGGUAUUCUUAUUCCCAAAAGGGAUGGAAAGUUUUUGAUCUUGAAAACCAGAAGCAUUUUGUAUCCCGAGAUGUUCGAUUCUUUGAGAAUCAAUUCCCGUUUGGUUCCACUCUGCCAUGCAACGUAAAUGAACAGGAUGGGGAUCGUGAGGCUCACACAGAUGGUGCUCCUUCUACUCAUAUUCAAGAGUGGCCACGUUUGGGUGAUGACAAGGAUAUACAUGCUGAUGAAGGUGGAACCAUCACCUCACAUGACACGGGUUCAACCAGGGCUUCACCACCGCAUGCAUCCUUUGAUGACUCCGCACUUCUUGAUUCCCGCGAGGCUCAGUCAACAGGAAUGUCGGGUGAUCAUACGUCUACGGCAGUGGGUGAUGUGGGGCCAACACCAAUUUCUACUGCUUUGAGACGCAGUAAACGCACACGUGGCGUCCCAGCAUGGCAGCAUGAUUAUGAAAUCCAAUUAAAUACUGUGAAAAUGGUUACUGCCCCCAGUCAACUUCCUACUACGAUCGUCUCCUCAGGUACACCUUAUCCCUUAUCUGAUGUAGUGAAUUAUGAUCGUUUUUCUGUGCAGCAUCGAGUCUUUCUUGCAGCUAUCAGUGCCAACCGUGAGCCCCAGACAUACAAAGAAGCGGUUCUUUCACCUCACUGGAGAGAGGCAAUGCAACGGGAGAUAGUUGCGCUUGAACGUAAUGGGACGUGGGAAGUAGAACAAUUACCUCCCGACAAACGAGCUAUAUUCUGUAAGUGGGUGUACAAAAUUAAGUAUAAGAGUGAUGGAUCCAUUGACAGAUAUAAAGCUCGUCUUGUGGUGUGCGGGAAUCGGCAGGUUCAUGGAAUUGACUAUCAUGAGACUUUUGCGCCUGUUGCCAAAAUGGUGACAGUACGGACUAUUUUAUCUGUUGCCGCUGCACGUGACUGGGAACUGCAUCAGAUGGACGUUGACAAUGCAUUUUUGCAUGGAGACUUAGGGGAGGAGGUUUACAUGCAUUUUCCACCAGGCUAUUCGGCAUCUGCUCUCGGGAAAGUAUGCCGACUGAUAAAGUCUUUAUACGGGUUGCGCCAGGCACCCCGAUGUUGGUUCUCUAAACUCACCCAAGCUCUUCAUUCUUAUGGCUUUAUACAGUCCGGAGCAGAUCAUUCCCUUUUCACUUUUCGUGCAUCAGGGAAAAUAUUAUGCAUUUUGAUUUAUGUGGAUGACUUGUUAAUUACAGGCAAUGACCAUCAGCAAAUUCUUGAUUUUAAACUUUACUUGGGUAAACAUUUUCCUGUUAAGGACUUGGGUUCUAUGAAAUAUUUUAUUGGCAUUGAAAUAGCACGCAACCCCACUGGGAUAUUUCUAUGCCAGCGAAAAUAUGUUCUGGAUAUUUUAUCUGAAACUGGUCUGCUAGGAGCUAAACCUGCGUCCUUUCCAAUGGUUCAGAAUCAUGGGCUUCAACUUGAUGCAAGUCCAUUUUAUGAGAAUCCUGAACAAUAUUGCCGGUUAGUUGGGAAACUUAUCUAUCUCACCCUCACUCGGCCGGAUAUUUCCUAUUCUGUGCAUAUACUUUCCCAAUUCAUGCAGCAACCGCGCAUUUCGCAUUGGGAGGCUGUAGUUCGUGUAUUACGGUAUCUUAAGGCACACCUAGGGCAAGGAAUAUUUUUACGACGUGAUUCAAAUCUUUCUUUAACCGGGUUUUGUGAUUCGGACUGGGCGAGUUGCCCGACUACUCGACGCUCUAUUUAUGGAUAUUUUGUUAUGCUCGGGUCCUCUCCUAUUUCAUGGCGCACCAAGAAACAAAACACGGUUUCGAGAUCUUCGGCCGAAGCUGAAUAUAGGUCCAUGGCACUAUUAACAUGUGAGUUAUUAUGGCUCAAGAGUUUGCUUUCGUCACUCGCGGUCUGCCACUCUCAACCGAUGCGGCUUUUCUGUGACAAUCAGGCGGCUCUUCACAUUGCUUCUAACCCGGUCUAUCACGAGCGGACUAAACAUAUUGAAAUCGAUUGUCAUUUCUUGCGGGACCAUAUUAGUUCUGGCGUCAUUCUACCUUCCCAUCGGUCCACUACCGAACAACUAGCCGAUGUCCUCACCAAAGCUCUCGGUCAAAGACAGUUCGAAUAUUUGUUGUCCAAGAUGGGUAUUCGGGACCCUCAUAGCCCAUCUUGAGGGGGGGUGUUACACGCUAUAAUUCUUGGAGCGGAAGCUUAGUCCGUAAUUGGCGGACUUCUAGUUGUACAUAUAUUUUCCUUUUAUUCUAUUUUAUUCUUUCCUUCUUUAUAGGAGAUUUUGUUGUAUAGGAGCUGUAUAUAUGUAACCCCUCGGUGUUUCCAAUAAAACAAGAAAAACACUUUGCAAAACUGGUUCGUGUAGUUUAACA